AUGGUUAAAAUUACAAAAGCCCAAAAAGAAAACACUCUACAUGCUCUAAUGAAAAUACAGUCGACAAAUAAAAGAAGAAAGUAUAUCUUAUCUGGGUGUUAUUAUCUGAUAACUAAAGGAUGGUCAUUUCUUUUUUCAAAAGAGAAAAGAAUAGCAGGAAAGUUAGACCAUUUCUUCCCGAUUCAAAAAAUAUGGAAUCAAAAUGGGGUAAUAAUGUUUGAUGAAAACCUUGAAUAUGAUUUAAUUAAAGCAGAAACAGGAAUUGUUGAAUUAAACUUUGAUAAUGAAGGAAUUCCUAUAAAGAAAACAUCAAUUGAGACAGAUAAAACAAAAAAGAAAAAGAAAUUAACUUAUAAUGAACUUGUUAUUAUGAAUAUUCUUAAUGAAUAUUAUAAUAAAUAUGAAGAUAUUGGGCGUAAUACUAAACUACUUUGCACGAAAAAAUCAAAAAAGACGCUUACUAGUCAACAAUAUCAAGAACUUCCUUUAGUGAAUAAAGAUGGUGAAGUUAUUGGUGUUUAUAAGAAUGAAGAAGUUUUAGAAAAAAUUGGAACUCCAAUAUAUAGUUUUCUUUGUUCAUAUUUAUUAAAAACAAAUACACCUCAAUCAAAAGGUCUUUUUAUUGGGAAUAAAGACUAUUAUAAUGAAAUAUCUAAUAAUAUAUCAUGA